AUGAUCUUCUUCUGGACUAUAUUAUUCUUCACACUGUUUGUUGAUGGGUCUGCCAUUCAGAUCUGGGCCAAGUGGUCCGAAUGGAGUAGUUGUUCAGUUGAAGUAAGUACAAGUAAUAGUUUGAUAGCUUAGUGCGGGGGCGGAGUCCAAUUUCAGGCGAGACGAUGUUUGAGUGCAAGAUGUCAAGGGCCUGCCAAGAGAUACAAAGUCUGCAAAUCGGAGGUAAUAGUCAUCAUAACAUGAUAUUUAUGUUUGUGAUUCUUUCAAGAUGCAAAAAAUAUAUUUUUUUAGGAAUGUCUUGAUGAUGAUGACAUAGAAAAGGAAUGCAGAAAGAGAGGGGCCCUCCAUUUCAUUGCAGAUUCCGGCCAUGCAAGUAAAUGGACUAGUUCUUUAGCUUUGGAUAGUGUACGUUCUCCAAUCAUUAUAUUGUCUUUGCUUUCAGUGCCAAGCCAUAUGCAAAUCAUUAUCUAAAAACGAGGUAUUCUUCUUAGAUAGGACUCUCCGGAAUGGCGCCAAAUGUCUAAGGUCGGAUGGCCAACAAGGAGCUUGUUUAAGGGGGAAAUGCCAGGUAAAAACUAAGAAUGUGUAAUUAUUACUGGUCUGUUCGUAAAGUCGCUGGGGUGAAUUUUACGACAUGCACUGUGAGAAAAGAAAAGAUCACUUUACGCUGUGAAAUUUUCGGCUUUAAAAUUGCACAGCGUAAAUUAAAAUUGCACGCGUGCAAUAUGCUUUUUUGGCUAUCGCACUCUGAUUUUUUCUGUACAGUGCGCGAAAUCACUCCAGCUACUUUACGAACGGACUAGUAACCGUUCUGUAGUCGAUUGGAUGUGAUAAGAUCAUUGGAUCCUCGGCCAAACCAGAUUACUGUGGAAACUGUGGAGGAGAUGGGAAGAAGUGUAAUAAGACAUUGUUUGUAUGGAAAGAGACCGGACAGUUUAGUCCAUGUGACAAUCAGUGUGGACCUUUAAGUAAGCGGAGAUGGGCCAGCAUAAGUACGGGGUGCAAUGUUUUUGUGACCCGGUUUGAUUUGGCUAAAACUUUUUUAUUUGUAUACCCCGGGACUAAAGUUUGGAACAGGCUAGAUUUUCUUUGCGGCUUGAGAUCGGAGUUUUAUUUCUUUUUUAUUAGAAUCGGAAUGUAUUAAAACCCCAGAAUGGAUGCAUAACCGUAGAAAUCAGAAAGCUCAUAUGAGCAAAAAAACAAAAUUUUUAAAAAUGGGUGGGACAAAAGUUUGGAACAGGGUAGGAAUGCGACCAUAAAUUUCGAGGUAUAGUCAAAAACGCCUAGGCUUCGGUUUUUUUAGAUGCUGCGAGGAGUCAGGACUUCAUCGAGAUACAGAUUUUCAUCGAUAAACUCAAAAUGAAAAAAAUUCUUAUUGAGCCAAGAAUGACGAUCAAAUUUGCGAAAAAAAUUAUUUUUUGCGUUGGGUUCUCUAUGUUAUUGGGUGUGUAAGCAUUCUAAAAUAUUUAAUAUAGUCGUAUGACCGUAAAAAGAUACUCAGAUCUUCGCAUAGCGACCUUGUCCGCACAGUAUAAUUUAUGAAAAUCUUGGAUUGCGCUUCGAAUCUUGGUCUAAUGAAUUUUAGACUUUUUGUAAGGCGGCUUGAUGGCUAAUUGGUCUUUUCAUAGUUUUUGUGGGACAAAAAGGUAUCUUCAAGAGGCAAAAACCAACCGCUAUUUGCAACACGAAAGGCCACAACUUCGAAAAACCCGGAUAUAUGAGAUGUUAAGAUGACCCAUAUUUUUUACUUUAAUUUUAGGUCGCCGUAUGGCGCAAAACUAAAUGCCUUUAUCCUUUUCACACUCAUAAAGUUUUGUUAGCCAACUCUACAAUGUAUUAAACUAGGAAUCCAGGUCGAUAUAGACAUUGAUUUUGGUGAUCGAAAAUUUUUUUUAAUUUUUGAAACAUCUUACUUGGGAUAUUGCAAAUUGCGGUCAUGUUUUGCUUUGUGAAGAAACCUUUUCAUCCCACAAAAACUAUGAAAAGACCAAUUAGCCAUCAAGCCGCCUUACAAAAAGUCUAAAGUUCAUUAGACCAAGAUUCGAAGCGCAAUCCAAGAUUUUCAUAAAUUAUACUGUGCGGACAAGGUCGCUAUGCGAAGAUCUGAGUGUCUUUUUACGGUCAUACGACUAUAUUAAAUAUUUUAGAAUGCUUACACACCCAAUAACAUAGAGAACCCAACGCAAAAAAUAAUUUUUUUCGCAAAUUUGAUCGUCAUUUUUGGCUCAAUAAGAAUUUUUUUCAUUUUGAGUUUAUCGAUGAAAAUCAGCAUGUCGUUGAGAUCCUGACUCCUUGUAGCAUCUAAAAAUACCAAAGGCUAGGAGUUUUUGACUAUACCUCGAAAUUUAUGGUCGCAUUCCUACCCUGUUCCAAACUUUUGUCCCACCCAUUUUUAAAAAUUUUGUGUUUUGCUCAUAUGAGCUUUCGGAUUUUUACGGCUAUGCAUCUAUUCAGGGUUUUAAUACAUCCCGAUUCUCAUAGAAAAGAAAUGAAACUCCGAUCUCAAGCCACAAAGUAAAUCUAGCCUGUUCCAAACUUUAGUCCCGGGGUAUAGCUUCGAAGAUUUUUUCCUUAAUCCUCAGAACCUCCCUUUUUUUAAUAUGUGGCAGGAAUCCAGAAAUUCCGCCAUCUAAGGAAAAACGCAAAAUGCCGAAAAUCAGUUGUAUCUUGGGAAUGGCGGAAGAAAGUUGUGGCACACCCGGGUUCAGAAGUCUUAGAAUUUUGCCUAAACGAAGGUGAAAUUUUCCAAUAAACGUCGGGAAAUAAAAAAGUUUUGGCCAAUUCAAAUCAGGCAAUAAAGAUGGCGCACCCUGUAUAAUAUAAAUUAUCUUAGGGCAUCAAGUCUCUGUUUCGAUCUGCUCCAACUCCGUAAAUGGUCGAAUUGUUCCCGAAAGAAUGUGUGCUGAUCUGGAGAGGCCUCGGCCUCGAGUCAGAAAAUGUCCAAUUAAUUCGUGUCAGGGGAAGUAAGUAUUGUUCUACAGUUACUGUUAUAAUUAUAUCCAAUAAUAAUAAAUUGUUUAGGACAGAUUUGAAUUUGGAUUACACGUGAGUCGAGAGGACAUCUCUCGCUUAAAUCUUAGUUUCCUCUUUCUGUUGCGCAUCCUUACUUUACCUUUUGUGUUUGCUGUAAAUAACCUUCCCCACAUUUCCAUGGCUUUUUCGCCUUUAUCCUUAUCCAAAAAUGGAAUGAGCAUAUCAGAAUUUUCCUUUUUUAGCUGGACGACAGGUCCAUGGGGAUCUUGCUCGGCCUCAUGUGGACGUGGCCAUCAAGUUCGAGCAGUUCAAUGUGUAGACCAGGCCAAUCCAGAGGGUCCCCCGAUCGACGAACACUAUUGUAUUCAUCGGAAACGACCUGUAGGAGAAGAAGUUGCAUUAGUUACCGUAGUGUUUGCAGAUUCGACAACGACUUUGCGUUCAAAAUGAGUGCCCCAAAUGGAUGGGUGGCCGUUGGUCAUCUUGUAUUUGUCAUCUGGGGAUACAAGAGCGAGAUGUGAGCGUAUCUUUGUACUAAUGGCUUUCGUACUCUUUACAACGCUUCUUUUUUUAGGUGGACUGUACUCAAAAUGGAAUCCGAGUAACCGAGUCAGCGUGUGUAAUAAAAGACCGACCCAAAAAUGUAAAGGAAUGUGAAUGUAAUCAGGAAGGAGAAGAAGACUCUGGAGCUGGUUCUGGAGGUCGGGAGUCAACGAGGUCAGUGUUUUGAAUAUGUGUCCCCUGAGGGCAUCUGUAGAAGCAUCUCUCGAACGGCACUCGAGAGACAAUUCCUUGGCCCCUCCCCAUCUUGGGGAGCUUUACUUUCCCCUUUCUGACCCAACGGUCAUUUCCGUCCUUUUUGAUUCGAAUCUAAAGGUCUUGUAGUUUCGUUCUGUAUUAUGGGCCAGAUCUUGUUGAUCUUGGCCCUGAUCUCUGAUCUCGCUUUUGCUGUUGAUUCCCUUAACUCGUAAGUUUCGAUAAUUUGAUUCUGGGUUAGUAAUCAUUGCGAUUGUGAUGGAAAAUUGAAAAACUUGGGUGUUUAAUUUUAUGCAUGGAUUGAAUGAGAAUUUUGUUUUCCAAAUUCCGAUAUCCAAGUUUGGCCGUAUUGGCCGUUAGGGAAUUAAAACUUUUUUCAGUGAGAAUGAAAAGCACGAACAAGAUAUUUAUUUUUUGGAUUUUUAGUCAGAAAUCCGCAAUUUAAUCUUUUCUUGCAAACAUUUAUUCAGAUUUUGAGGAACUAAAUAACUCUAAUGAAGUUUCUUGUCCCAAUCUUUUAUUUGUUUCCCGGUCCACUCCAAAAAUAAUAAAUUGGCACUUUCCCCGACCCAUCCGCGGGCAUUAUUGCUCUUGUUGUCGCGUUACAUUUUGAUGGGCGGACAAUUACGGCCAUCUUGGAAGAGCCGCGCUCCUCUUUAAGACAUGAUAAAUCAUUAUAAAUCUUUUGUUUUUAAUCCCAACAGACGGGCAUUGAAGAGUUUUCUUUGUGCCGAGAUGACAAGGCCAGAUGCAGCCAAGAGUCCUUGUAAUCAUAUUGAUUAUGACAUUCCAGAUUUGCCGAGGCCUCGCCUUUCCUCCAAUGGAGUGCCAACGAUGGAUUCUCAGGAUCUAUGGCCAGUGGAUUUGCAUCGAAUGAACUGUCGGCCAAAGCCAGAACCAGACCACAGUAAGGUCCAAAGGAUAAAAUAAGAGUCAAUUCUAUAGAUACAAACCGGCCGAGUGGUCCGAAUGCUCAACCACUUGCGGGCCGGGCUUCCAAACUCGGAAAGUUGAAUGUGUUGCAGAGCAGGGGAUCACGGAGAAUCUGGUAAGACUCCCCGAUUUCGAAUGUAAUGGACUCGACAAACCGACCAUGUAUCAGCCAUGUGAGAACAAGCCCUGCUCAAAAGAAGAAGAUAAAGCAGCCAAUGAGGUGGGGAAAGGACCGUUCAGAUGGGAUUAUGGAGAAUGGGGACCUUGUUCGGCAUCAUGUUUGGGAGGUGAGAUCGGGAUUGCAUAAUAAUAUAUUAUGAUGGUGUAAUCAAAAGCAUGCAAUAAUUAUGCAAUUUAGGGAAACAAAAGUCGACUCUGAAGUGCCUAGACAUGAGUCGGAAUCUGGCCGUCCCUUGGUCAAAUUGCCGCGCUAAACAACGACCGGUUGAUUUGACGAGGACUUGUAAUUCUGAACCGUGUCCUCCAACCUGGGAGGUGAGUCGAAAAAUACAAAAAUAAAUCGACCGUAAUUAUUUUGGUUUAGAGUGUCGAGUUUAGUGGAUGUUCCCAUACUUGUGGUGGAGGAAUCAGAUCUCGGAAAGUGCGAUGUAUUCGAAAAGCAGGCUCCGGGAGAACUCCAGAAUCGGUCCUUAUCCUUCCCGAUGCCCAAUGUCCACUACCAAAACCCCCAGAUCAAGAGGCUUGCGGAGUUGUGGAUUGUCCAUUUAAUUGGCGAGUGGAGCAAUGGAGUCCAUGUUCGAGGACAUGUGGGCAAGGUGAACAGCAUAGAGUGGUAAUUUGUGAGCGGAGAGAUGCCUCGGGCAAUGUUCAUUCUUUCAAUCCUCCUUUGCCGUGUUCUGGAUUACAACGGCCUCCGACUUUACAAUUAUGUAAUCUUCGUAAGUUUUAUUUUUUAUCCUUAUCGCAACCUUUCAUUCGGGCAAACUUCAUUUGGGGCAGAUCGGGUAUAGGCCCAAUAUUUAUGCAUAACCGAUAUAUCAGUCUGCCGGGAAAGUAGUGGAGAGUUGUCGCGCCUUGGAAUCGCCCAUCAUCGCUUUGCGACGCUAGCCGCACCUGGAAAUUUGUUGCGCGACUCUGAGCGAAAACAUUUUACUGCGAAGACCCGCCCCUAUUCCCCUUUGCAUCGCUAGCCAAUGAGAUCCUCCGAUGUGACCUAUUCGGAAUAAGAGUCAACUAUUUGUUGAAGUAACCUACCAUAUUAGACACCCGCACAAAGCCGAGAUUAGGUCAAGUAAUGCUUAUUUUACCGAAAACCCACAUUUUCAAUGAACUCUAUUCGGUUCAACCGGUCGUUUUCCUCCCUCUCCGUAGGUGAGGCGCUUGGGAGGGUGCACUGCCCGCUCAACUCUUACCGCUGGCGUGUGGUCGGGUAAAAUUCCGACUCCUUGUCCUCUGGCUACAGACCUUGAACGACUUCUUUCUCUAGGCGGGCUUUGACUGUUUUCUCGAACUGUUCGUGGUGGAGGUUCCCUUUCUCCUUCAUUUUCCAGCUCCGACUCGUCUUGGCGAUGUCGAUGUGCGCCUUCUCCACCUCCUUCUCCUGAAGUAACCUAGCUUACUAGUCACCCGCACAAAGCCGAGAUUGGCUCAAGUAAUGCUUAUUUUACCGAAAACCUACUCCUUUUAUAGGAGGGGACACAAAAGAACAGAGUCACAUUUACAUAAAUAGAAAUAUUAUCAUUUUCCUGAUUUCCGGGGAUGACGAUCGGUUGCUGCUCUUCCUGGGACAUGUGUCCGGACACUACAGGGUGUUUCAAGAAAUUUGGCAGAAACUAAUUGCGAAUAUCUUUGAGCUCUUGCUAGUUAUCGCAGAAAUUAUUUUUGUUUCUAAAACUUGAUAUCGGGCGGUUUUGUACUGAACAAAAAAAAAUUUUUUUUCGUCGGCGGAGGGGCCAGUUCUCGGCGGAGGCAUUUGGGGCCUUUUUUAAAAAUCACACCUUAUUACAUGGUGGAAACUCUGUUACAAUGGCCAAAAUUAUGUUUACGUUACACCUCCGUGGAUUUUGCGGUGUGCUUUUUUUGCGUUUUCGAUUUUACGCAACAUCCGCGGAGGCGCGGCGGAGACCUCAGAUUUCGGCGGACUUUGUUUUGGGCCCUCGGUUUUUGCAAAUCCAUGUUGGAAAAAAGGUUGGGGCGAUUUUUUGUUGUCAUCCGAUGCACAGAUGGCAAAAAUUUUGUGCUUUUAUCCCCCGGCGGAGGAUUCGGCGGAGGCUUUAUCAAAGGGUCAAAACAAAACUUUGACUCUUUUGAUAAAGCCUCCGCCGAAUCCUCCGCCGAUGUGUCCGCCGAACCAAAAAAUAAGAAAAAUGAUGUUGCUGUGAUGGAUUCUUGUAGCUGAGUUUUUUCCCGGACUCCUAAGACUGUUCUGACCCUUUGAUAAAGCCUCCGCCGAAUCCUCCGCCGGGGAAAAAAGUGCGAAAUUUUUGCAUCUGUGCAUCGGAUGACAACAAAAAAUCACCCCACACUUUUUUCCAACCUGAAUUGAAUGAUCCAAAGAGUCAAAACGACGUCCGCCGAAACCUGAGAUCUCCGCCGUGCCUCCGCGGAUGAGCGAAAAUCGAAAACAAGAAAAAGCAUACCGUAAAAUCCACGGAGGUUUAACGUAAACAUGAUUUUGGCCAUUGUAACAGAGUUUCCACCAUGUAAUAAGGUGUGAUUUUUAAAAAAGGCCCCAAAUGUCUCCGCCGAGAACUGGCCCCUCCGCAGACGAAAAAAAAUUUUUUUUGUUCAGUACAAAACCGCCCGAUAUCAAGUUUUAGAAACAAAAAGAAUUUCUGCGAUAACUAGCAAGAGCUCAAAGAUAUUCGCAAUUAGUUUCUGCCAAAUUUCUUGAAACACCCUGUAUUAGCUAAGGGUAACUUUAUUCUCCGGGAACGGGCAUGGAGACAAAAAAAAAUCCGUUUGGUAAUUGUGGCUUCCCAAAAUUACGUGAAAACUGUCUCAAUGCUUGUUUCAUCGCGGAUUCAGCAUGUUCACCGAACUGUCACAAGUCACUCUCGCACAGUUGUCAUCUAGUUUUGAGAACAUUUUGGACAUGCCUGACUGAACCCCCCAAGACCGAACCCCCCUGACUGAACCCCUCACCCCUGUUCGAGGUUGUGCGUUUGUGGGUUUGUUGCCCAGUACCGUUUUUUUCAAGGGGGGUUCGAUCUUGGGGGAUUCAGUCUCCUAACGCCUUUCAAAAUCGGUAUAAAUUCUAUUGGCCAGGUUCCUGAUCUGCUCAAAUGAAGCAUAGUCAUUUUUGUAUACCAUGUUAAUUUUUGUACAGGGUGUUCCUAGAAUUACGGAAAAAACUAUUCAUUAAUAACUUUGUGCUCGGUGGUCCAAUCCAAAAUUUUUUUUUGCAUUUUACAGGAAAACCUUUGAGUUUUUAGAAUCAAAAAAAAUUUUUUCUUUGAUCGGCGGAUACUUCCGUAAUCCGCCUUGAAUUCGGCGGAGUGCUUUUUUCACAAAUGAGGCUGUAAAUUGUUGUAUGUGCGAAGAAAAUGGUCGAGAAAGGAUUCAGAAGAUACAAUAUGACAUUUCUAUCAAUUUUUUCUCAUUCGGCGGACGAUUUUUCUUCAACUUUGGAGUAGGGUUCGGAAAAUUCGGGUAUAUUCACCACGCGGGUAUAUACGCGGGUAUAUCCAAAGUUUGGAGAGUCAAAAUUGGCUAAAACCAAAAGGUAUGGUAUUUCUGGUGGCAUGGCGCCUAAAUACGACUUAUUACGCCUUCGGCCCACUGCGAGAAGAAAAAAAAGACAAAUCGGCGGAGAAAAAAAUGAACCCAUUUUUAAAGCCUCGUUUGUGAAAAAAGCACUCCGCCGAAUUUAAAGCGGAUUACGGAAGUCUCCGCCGAUAAAACAAAAUUUUUUUUUUGGUUCUAAAAUCUCCAAAGUUUUUCUGCAAAAUGCAAAAAAAAAUUUCGGAUUGGACCACCGAGCACAAAGUUAUUAACGAAUAGUUUUUUUCCAUAAUUCUUGGAACCCCCGUAUAACAUGUUUACCAAAAAAUAAUUUUUUAGAACGUUGUGACAAGGAUUACAAUCAUUAUGAUAUCGGGGGAUUGCAAAAAGAUGGUCCCGAUGACAACAAUCGAGUUAAAUCCAGAUUUGGGGCUACCCUCACAACCAAGCCAUCCAACUUUGAUCAAUUACAUCCAGGCCAUCGACGUCUCACACUCAAUGUGGGAGGAUAUGCAAACCUCUAUGAGGGAACAUCCAUUAAAGUCAAGUGUCCCGUCAAAAACUUUGAAAAGCAAAGAAUUUUCUGGACCAAAAAUGGAAUCAAGGUCAAGAAUUCAGGUGAGUUUCAAGUAAUGUAACUGUUCGGGACUCCCUGACUUUAGUACUCUGCAUUGCUUUUCAGCUCACAUGAAAGUGUCUGGAAACGGAGCCCUUCGAAUAUUCCAUGCCCAACUCGAAGAUGCUGGGAUAUAUGCCUGCGUUGCUGAUGGAGUGCAGGGAAAUGUGACUUUAAAAUUCAAAUCAAGACCCCCGAGAGCAAAAGGAAAGACUUCGGAUGAUCCGUCAGAAAUUAAAUCUGCAAACGAUGUAGAUGAUCAACUACUUCAAGGAGUUCGGGAUUCUCUUUACAAAUUGGGAGAACUUAAAGCCUAUGAUAAAGUGAAGAAGAUCCAAGAACCAGGUCUUCUGAAAGUCGAUUAUGAGAUCGGAGAAUGGUCAACUUGCACUCAAUCCAAGUGUAAUGACAUUGAAGGGAGCCAAGUUCGAUUACUCAGAUGUAGACUGACAGUUGAAGAUGUAAUUGCUUAUGUAAAUGAAGAAAUCUGCGAUUCCUUUGCUGUGGAACGCCCUCAGGCAUCGAAGAGUUGUCGGAGUGAGAACUGUCCUAAGUGGGAAGCAUCAGAUUGGAGUGAGGUGGGUGUGAAGAACAGCUAUAACACUGCUCAAAGCAUCAGAAGUAACCUUCUCUUUUUAGUGCGGGAUCUCUCGAUGUUCUCGAGAUGGGAUCUCCAUUUCCAGAAGGGAUGUUAAAUGUGUUUUCCCCAAUUCAACAGUAGCUGAUGGCACUCUCUGCGAUCGAAAAACGAGACCAAAGAUCAAAAAGGAAUGCCAAAAUUGUAAGAAUUCUUUACUGACUCGUGGUUAUAUUAUAAAUUACAGUAAACUGCACUGCCGAAUGGAAAACUUCCGUAUGGGGAAAAUGCAGCAAAAAGUGUGACGAUGGAGGGGUGCAGGUAUGCAUGCUUGAUAAAAUUUAAGAGUGUGAAUGACGAAAAACAAGAUCUAUAUUUAUGUUGAUGACCAACAAUUUUACUUUAGAUGCGAAUCCUGCGUUGUGUCUGGAGAGGGACCAAGAAGCCCGCAGGGCAUAACUGUGAUCCUAGUCAGCGUCCAGCCGCGAUCCGUGCUUGUGCCGUGCCCGAUCUUCCUCCCUGUUACCAACAACAGAUGGAUGCCCCAAGUAAUUCUAUCUUUUCUUAUCACUCUCCCUCCACCGACCAAAUGUCUGAACCUUCUGAAAAUGAGUCUGACAGUGAUUCUGACAAAGGAGGAGAGUCAAUUAACAGUUUCGAGAGUCCAGCCAAGGGUCUUCCAAUCCCAGCUUUCAAAGGAUGGGAACGCUGGAGGGGCUGGAGGACUUACAACGGGCAAUUGCCUCCUCAAUUGCGACGUCUUGUUAUGAAGAAAGUCUAGUUCUGAGCAUACCAAACACAACUUUCCUCCUUUUCUUUUUCCGAUUCUGUAUUUAUAUUACGCUUUGUUCGUAUUUUGAUUAAAUUGUAAGAUAUUUUUUUGCAGAACCUCGUUCGGAUCUCGGCGAAUGUAUAGAUCAGACCCGUUUCUGUGAUAUUCUGCGCGUCUUCCACUCGUAGGUCCUCCUUUUCAUUUCGUAUUACUGUAAUUGCAGAUGUGAUGAGCCGAGGAUUCGUCUGAAAUGUUGUCUCAGCUGUGCUUCAGCUGUCCGUCCUUAG